CUUUUAAACCAACUUCUCUUAUAUUUUUGAGAUUAAACAAUUCUUGUUAAUCGGAUCGAACCUCCUAAACCAAGAGCCAUGGAUGUUACCAAAUAUUUGCUGUCCACCCUUUAACAAAUCUGAUUCUUGUAUCAAAACAAGUCCCUUUAUUCAGAUCUGAAGAACACGAGAAAAAAAGAAACAUUCUCAAAGUGUUUAACUCUCUGUUCCAAUAUGUCCUCAAAACCAACAGAUUCUUUGCAAUUUCUAAUCCAACGGUUUCAAAAUUACAAAUCUCAUCAUCUCCUUCAACAUUUUCCUGCAAAAUCGUCAGCUGUCUUAGUUUGUAUAUACCAAGAACAAGGAGAAGAUGGAAACGAGCUACGUGUUAUCUUAACCAAACGCUCCUCCACUCUCUCUUCUCAUCCUGGAGAAGUAGCAUUGCCUGGAGGGAAAAGAGACGAAGAAGAUGCAGAUGAUAUAGCUACCGCGUUGAGAGAAGCUCGUGAAGAAAUCGGUUUAGAUCCUUCUCUUGUUACAAUCAUUUCUGUUCUUAAACCAUUUGUUAACAAGAAGGGAAUGUCAGUUGUACCGGUUAUCGGUUUUCUACGCGACAAGAAAGCAUUUAAAGAGUUACCAAAUCCAGCUGAAGUAGAAGACAUCUUCGAUGUUCCGUUAGAGAUGUUCCUUAAGGACAAGAACAGGAGAGCAGAGGAACGAGAGCAUGAAGGAGAAAGAUAUCUUCUUCACUACUUUGAUUAUUAUGUGGAAGACAAAGAGAGAAACUUUGUUAUAUGGGCACUCACUGCUGGUAUUCUGAUCAGAGUUGCCUCCAUUGUUUAUCAGAGAUCUCCUGAGUUUCAAGAACUCAAGCCAAGCUUCUGGAAACAACCAAACUGAUGUUUCUUGAAAUGUAU